AUGCGUCUAAUGGGAAUUCAACAAGAAGGAGGACAAGGAAAGUAUCUGGGGUUACCUGAGGCUUUUGGAAGGAAGAAGAAGGACCUUUUUAGCUCAGUAUUAGACCGAAUCAGACAAAGAGCCAUCUCCUGGUCAUCAAAAUUGCUUUCAAGCGCCGGAAAAUUGGUCAUGCUUAAGUUCUGGUGGGAUGCAAACCCAGAGAAGAGGAAAAUGAGUUGGAUCGCUUGGGAUAAACUCACCAGAGGAAAAAGAGAUGGAGGUCUAGGACUUAGAGAUAUUCAAGACUUCAACGACGCUCUCCUAAAAAAGUUGAGUUGGAGAAUACUAUCAAAACCGGAGUGUCUACUAGCUAGAAUUCUUAAGGGAAAGUACUUCCCUGAAACCUCUUUUGUAGAGUGCAAGAAAACAGAGGGAGGUUCGCAUGGAUGGAAAGGAAUUAUAAUCGGCCGCGACCUGCUGAAAGAAAAGUUAGGAAUGGUCAUUGGCAAUGGAAAGCAGACAAAGGUGUGGGGAGCUACGAAGCACGGAAGCGCUGCCGGUGAGACAUUUCUCGCUUCGGAAGCGGAACCGGAAGCGGAAGCGUUUGGAAGCGCCUCCGAUUCGCGACUCCGAGAAUGA